GGGCGUGCUGGAAGCACGAACGUAUUGGCUGCACAGCAAUUGGCAAACGGGGCUAGCUUUUCACCCCAUCAAAACCGAUCGUCAAAUUAACGGCACUGUCAAUUUACAGUGGGCAUACAACUCACAGAGUCUUACAGAGUAGUAGUAGACUUGCAGGAAACAAUCGGACCAACUUUGAUGUCCAUGAAUAUCAUUAGGGCUUAUUGCAUCACGUGGUCGGGGCAUCUUCACUCCGGCGCUUUCCCGCUGCGGGAUUAGCUCGGCCUUGUAAAAGCUGACCGCUUGGCGAUGUUAUCAUUCCACCUCCGCGCUCACGGCGCAACUUGGCGUCAUGGAUAUAAAUAUCCGAGUCGAUCGGCCUAACUUAGGCAACUAUUUCAUGAAAGAGGAAUUUUACGUCCGCACGGCUUGAUUAAUUAUUAUUGUAUCCUCACGGCGCCGCAACGUCACUUCCAGUUAACAUUUCAACAGGGGUACUGAAUGGAUAUAAAAACUCUCCCGAUUCCCGUUUAGAAACUCCAUGUAGCAAUUGUGACAACUAUUUCCCCCCCUUUCUAAUUAUUCUCUCAAAUUCGAAAAGCUUGCCAUUAUCCGGCUCAUCUGCUUAACUGUUGACUUAUUUCUUCAAAAGACGCAAACGAAUUGUGGAAAAUUAUCUUUAUAUCCUAUUCCUCAACCACCUUGGACCCACAUUUAGGAAGCAUCAUGUCUACCACCACCACUGAUAACUUGAUAAAUAUUGCUUUCUUUGGCGCCACGGGCGGCUGCGCAAAUUCUUGUCUGACCUUUGCUCUCAAGAAUGGAUACAAAGCAAGCGCCCUCGCUCGAACCCCCUCAAAACUUCAAGACCAGCUCCUUUCACAGGGGCUUGACCAGGCGACAAUCGACCAUAACUUGACAAUCAUCCAAGGUGAUGCGACUGAUGUUGAAGCCGCCAAGCGCACAAUCUCUCCAGAGAAAAACAAUGGCAAAAUGGCUUCACUCAUAAUAUCCGGGCUGGGCGGAACACCCAAACUCACAGCGGCGCUUCAACCCGUCACCCUCGAUAACCCGACCAUUUGCGAAACUGGCACCAAUUCCAUUCUAUCCGCUGUGGAAGCACUGCAACCGUCCACAGUAACUGAAAAGGAGAAACCCAUCCUCGUGGUUGUCUCCACCACAGGCAUCUCAUCUGGGCCGGGAGAUGUACCGCUCCUCCUCCUCCCUCUCUAUCACUUCCUCUCAGUCCCCCAUAAGGACAAAAAGAAGAUGGAGCACGUUCUCUUUGAUAUGCCCUCUAAACAACUUCUGAGAGGCGCCAUUGCUGUUCGUCCGACACUGCUGGUUGGUGAUCAUUCCAUCGCUAGUGGAAAGGGGUGGAAGACUUUGAAGGUCGGGACGGAAAAAAAGCCUGCCUUGGGACAUUCAAUCCAGCGGGCGGAUGUUGGGGAGUGGAUUUUUGAGGAGGUCAUUAAGGCGGGCGGGGAGAAGUGGCUGAAUGAGAAAGUGACGUUGACUAAUUAGGAUUUUUUUGGAUUCCUUCUGUCUGUCCUUUUGAUCUUUCUUUUCCUGUUCUGCGUGUGUGCACGUUUUAUAUGUCUUAACGAGUCAUUUCCUGCUAAGAUACCUAUGAAGCACUGUCUGUUCAAUGUAUAUAAUAAAUACCUCUAAUCUACUUUAGGUCGAUACGGGAUCUGCAUUUUGUUUUUUUAUAGGUUUUACUACUUAAAGCAAAUAUACAAUGUUUAUGUCACUGCAGUUCUUGCCAACAGAAGGGAGUUCAAUAAAUAAAUCCAGCCGCACAAACGGAUUCCUCCACACCACAUACUUCGUCCCCUGACUACUAAAUUCUCGGGGACUGUACCACAAUUUUCAA